AUGGCAUCUCCGACUCAUACUUUUGCCUCGAUGACCGAUUCCAUGGCCAGCUCUAGUUCUGGUACCCAUUACGUCUCCAGAUCUUCAAAUGCCAAAGGCAAAGGAAGGGCAAUAGGCAGCGAUGACUCGAAGUCUUGGAUCAAUUCUAUAUGGCAAACAAGAGAUGGUAGGAGGCAAUGGUCAACGAGGAUAGGCAUCUCCACCUCUUUCUCAGACAUGUUGCUCCGUGCCCAAAGGCACCUUGACCUGGUUCUCAGGGACGGACAAGCACUCAAUGUCAUUCAAGUACGACAAGAGGGCAAGCAAAUACCUAUUGAAGAUGAAUUCGAUUGGGACGCGUUGAAACGACUGGCAAUGGCCUCGGAUGACCCCUUUUGGCCAGUAGUCCUUCGGGUCCAUGCGCACUCAGGGUCUCCACGAGACGCGUCCUCCACUUUAGCUAGGACUCCAAAGGCUGUCAAGAAAUCCGCUACUUCAGUCUCCCUCGGCCUACCCUCCGCUAGCAAUGAUGUCGAUGUCUCCAGGAAACGGACACGGAAUAAGAACAAGGCCAAACGGGAUAAACGCCGAGCUCGGCGAGAGUCCAGGCGAGCAGAAACAGCUGCCCUAGAUCAGUCUGAACCAAAACCCAUCAAACGUCCUCGACCCUCCUCGCCUACAUCUUCUGCUGCCAGCCCCCGGCCCACACGGAAGAAGCGUAGACAUCGGAAGGACAGCUCGUCAGGGGCCGAUAGAAUUGGAUUUCCGACACUGGAUCCGUCCAAGAAACCUUCACAUAACACCGCUCCAAAUUACCGUCCAGUCAAACCUUCUCCAUUAGCCACAGCGCAUGAUGUCUCGAGAAAGAUUCCUGCGCCGGAUCCACCACCAAAUCAAACAAAGGGGAGGGCAGAGUCAGAAUCGGCCGCACAGUCGGCUGCGAGUAGAGACGACUCGGAUUCUCCAGAACCUGAUCCACAAUCGGCAAUACCACCACAACCCGUUGUCAGCCUAUCAUCGAAUGCGGACAAUGCAGAAUCAGUGGCACUCUCAUCUCCUAUUGAACCGGAGCUCGAGGAGCAAGGUAGCUCGGAAAUCGGAGCAGAUGAGAAACAAACCACCUCAGUUAAGGAUCCUGAAGGUUUGAAUGACGAUACAAGUCAAAAUCAGAGCGCAGAGCCAUCCGAUAACGAAAGUGGGGGUGAAAGCGAAGAUGCUGCAGAAGAUGAAAGCCGCAGUGACAGCCAAGAGGAAGGCGCACAAGCAGGCGAGCGGCUUCCUACCUCACCAAUAGCAGGAGAUCGUCCAUGGUCUCCUCCUGAAGAGGAAUCAGCCUCAGGUAAUCAGUCCUCAAGUCAACACGAACUCGACGAUGCGAAGUCUCAUAUCUCCGUCAGUUCAUCUCCCGACCCUUUGGCGGACGCCGAGACGUCGUUGUCCCCUCAAUCCCCAACGAAGGCAGCUGAAGACGAGCUGGUGCAGGAAACAGUCGAAAUCGAUCCACCUGAGGCCCUGAAGUCGGAUGUCAUCGAGUCUGCAUCCGAGUCGGAGGAACCAAAUUCAGAUCCGACCUCGGACAUUGCAGGAGCUGCUCCCCAGUCAUCCGUUGAGCCGGACCCUCCUCUGCCGGUCGCUGCUCGCGCUCCCAGGACUCAUCUCACUCAAACAUCCCGACUCCUCACACCUAAGCGGCAAAUCGAUCUCUCGGCUCCUUGGAACUUGCUCCGCAAACCCAGGUCUCCGAUCAUUGAUGCCAACUAUUCAUCCUCCUCUAUCGAGCCCUUCCGGACUGAUGCAUCGACUUCAGCGGUCAAACGGCCGCGGGCAUCUGCGUCAUCUUCCAAAGACUUGAACGGCAGCCUCGGCAUCACAAUGAACAAUUCUGCAACCCCUGUUCCCCCGAAAUCCCGAAAGAAGUCUCAAGAGGACGCUGCGUCGUCUGAAUCCAAUCCAGUCAAGGAAGUGUCAGAUGUUCUCAUAUCAGCUAGUAUGACUGAGAAGGCUCCUGCAACCCCAAAUGGCGAUUUGUCGACCGAUCUUCCAUCGUCAAAAGCUGGUCGGCGAGGGAAGAAACAGGGCAGCGUGUCUGGAUCCACGCGUCGUGCUGAGAUUGCUCCCGACAAUCUCGCCGAUUCAAUUGCCCAGCACCCGAUAAGAGAGGCCACCAGUCACCAAGCUUUACAUCAAGCAUUGCCAGCAGAAGGGUCAGAUGCACAACAGCCAACACACGGUCGCAGUGCAAGUCGCGCUUCGCCUGUUGAAAGAGCGAGGGAUGGCAUCCAGUCCUCUCGUGCAUCUAUCGAGCCGGCGAUAAACAUCGAGGAGGGAAGUCCCCUGAGUCAGGUAGACUUUUCCAUCAGCAAGGAACCGGCCGUGCCCCUGCCUGGAUCGCCUAGUUCUCGAGAUGCUGCGUCAGUCGAAAACGUUGUCUUGACCUCUGCGCCCACCAGUCCUAAGCCAGUGACACCGAAUGGCAACCAGGAUCCCCGUCCUAAACGAAGCUUUAGGCCAGCUGCUAAGCGUCUCAUGGGCAUCGACCUCGAUAUCAGAGACGAAGAGACUGAGAGGCUAGGCAUAGACGAUCAAAAGGCAGUCUUGGCCAGUCGUGGAAGAUGCUCGAUUUGCCUUUCAUCGCCACUUCACUUGCAAAAGGACUGUCCGAGUGUCAAAGCCGGAGUGGAAUCCCUGGAGAGGAUAUUGGAGGAGCGGAAAUUAGAGGCGGAAGCACAGAUGAAGAAGACAAUGACCAACAGACGCAAAUCGCGGGUCUCACAGGAGACGAGAGACAGCAUUGACGCUAUCGAAAGCUGGAUACGACGCUUGACGACAGUCAGGAAUCGUGUGAUGGGGCUGCAGGCCGAUGUUGCCGAUUCGCCGUCGGCCGAGCUCAAUAAGCCAAUCGAAACUCAACCGCGAUUACCUCCUCUCCUGCAAAAAGUUCUUUCGAGGCCCAAUCGAGCGGGAUCCGCGUCGGUCAGUGUUUCUGACGCGUUCAUCGAGACGGGCGAGUCUGAAUCCGAAACCGACGCUACCGCGGAGGAAUCCGAGCAAGAAGAGUCCAGCAAUGAUGAGGAGUCAUCAGACAGCGAGGACUCACAGACUUCUCUGUCACUGGACGAGCCUUUGGAUCUGGAAUCAUUCUUGAAACGACCGCCUACUCAGGAUCAGCUUCGGAGGGCGCGGCUGUCGGCUGCUUCGAUGCAGGCGGUGCAGCCGCCCAGUGUUGCCUCCGAGCCUGGAAACGGGUCCGAAUCUGAAGAUGAGCCGACUAUCCAGCAAGUAGACUCUGCAUCGUCCAUCGGUGACUUUGGCGAGAGCGAAAAGGGAGAUUCGAGGGAAGAGAGUGUCGUACGGUCGCAUACACCUCCAGCUGUGGCAUCAUUGGCACCAGAAGAGGCUGUUGACGAAGAGUCUCUCGCUGUCAGGAGUGCCGAUCGGUCAGCUAAUAGACACCGGUCAUUUAUGGCCCUGCGCGGUCUUGGCAGCUCGAGUCCCGUGGUCGAUAUGUUUGACGGAGCUCAAGCGUUACAGGAUGGUAUUGACGAGGAACGAACACCUCUCUCGCAAAUGGUCGGUCUCCCUAGCCCAAUCUUGGUCCAUGAUGAGUUCGCCCCGACGCAAUUGCGGGGCAGUCAAAAAAGUCAAUCAGCGACCAAAUCCUCUUCGCUCGCUCCGGCUGCCGAAAUCUCCUCUCAUCGUCAGACAUCUGCACGCAAGACAGGUCAUAGCAAUGCCAUCAUCGAAAAGUAUCGCAAAUCUCAGCUGGCUGUUGAUAAACCGCAGACUCCGCCUUCCGGUCCUGUAUCUCAGCCGUCGAAUGUGUCACCUGCAGUGAGCAAGCGAUCCGUAUCGAAGGAAAUCACUGUGGAAUUGUCUCCAAAGACUCGGACCAUGCGGAAAUCGCUAGUUCCCACAAGUGAGAUUCUGAAUGACCGGGCUCGGACACCUGAACGCGCAUCGGCUCCUAGCUCUAGCGCUUCUAGCACUGGGCUGCAGUUAGACUUCAUGAGCGGUCUUGGAGUCAAGACUCCGGUACAGGCAAGUCCAGUUCGGACCCGCUCGAGUCAUCCUCGACUGGAAUCUUCUUCCCAACCGCAGUCAAAGGUUGAUCAGAUAGACUCCACACAGUCCACCAUGGCUUCCGGCGCCACGGUCAAAAGGAGAAGAUCCUCCCGGAACGCUUCACGACCUUCCAAUGGCACUUCGCAAUCGAGUGUCAUAUCAAGUCGAAGAGGCCAUUCGUCGAUGCCUGACGGCGUCAGUGAUUCUUUUCCAGAUUCCACUACUUCCGUCGGGUGGAAAGCGACUCCGAUCGCCGAAGCAAGCGACGAACCAGAGUCUCAAGGGGAGAGCGAGAGUGAUGAUGAAACGACCGUCCCCAUUGCGCCGCCGAUUCGCUUGACCCGGUCGACUCGGCCCGAAUCUCAACCGACCACAAUGAUGCCUCUGCUAUCGAGCCUCCCGAAAGAAAUGCUACGCUCUCGCCCAAGCACCAAUUUUGGAGCAGCGUCUCAGCCCUUGCCGAUUACGAAACCCAUUGAAAGCAGUGAAGGGGAGGAGAGUGACUCUGCAUCAAGCAGUGACGAUGACAACGUUCCGGCCGACAAACGGGCCAGGUUUGCCACUGGUAGUAGGGCCAAGAAGAAGAAGAAGUCUAAUGGGAAAGUACACGGUUGGUGA